AGUUUUUAUGUGCUUGUGCUGGGUGUUGACCGCGCCAACUUAUUUCUUUUACUGAUUACUGAAAAUUUUCAAUAACUGCCCUUGAAUUCAGUGAAAAAUCAUAAAACUAUUUUCAUUAACUUAAACCAAGUACAUAAAUUGUGUUUUAUAUCGCAUUUGCAAACAAGAAGUUAAUAUGAAGCGAGGCGAUAACCAAAUGAAUGACGAUGGAGGUCCACCACAAAAUAAGAGGCAACGUGGUGGCGGCGGUGGUGGCCAAGGCGGUGGCAAUAAUGAUGAUCAAGUCCGAUUGUUAAUUCCCAGCCGUAUUGCUGGUGCUGUCAUUGGCAAAGGAGGCCAACACAUCCAAAAAAUGCGUUCUCAGUAUAAAGCCACUGUGUCUGUCGACGAUUGCCAAGGCCCCGAACGUACAAUUUUGAUUGCCACUGAUUUGGAUUCAACACUCAAAAUUAUAACUGAAAUGCUCAAAUACUUUGAAGAGAAAGAUGAAGAAGUUGAUGUACGCAUUCUCAUUCAUCAGAGUCUUGCAGGUUGCGUUAUAGGCAAAGGUGGCGCCAAAAUCAAGGAAAUUCGUGAUAAAAUCGGCUGCAGGAUCUUAAAAGUGUUCUCGAAGCCAGCGCCCCAAAGUACCGAUCGUAUAGUUCAAAUUGUUGGAAAGUCGGAACAAUGUAUCGAAGCUGUUCGUGAUGUUAUCACUUUGACUCGUGAGACUCCAAUCAAAGGAAUGAUAUAUAAUUAUGAUCCCAUCAACUUUGAUGACGUGUAUUCUGAUGAAUACGGCGGCUACGGAGGUGGUGGCGGUGGCCAGCAAAAUGGCGGCAAUAAUGGCGGUGGUGGCUUCCGUGGUGGUGAACGUCAAUCUCGAUUCGAUGGUGGUCGAGGUGGUGGGGGUCGUGGAAUGGGAGGUGGUGGCGGCGGAGGUGGCGGCGGUGGAAAUGGUGGAAAUCGCUUUGGUGGUAACAAUGACCGCGGUCGUGGUGGCGGUCGUAACGAAGACCGCAGUCGUAGUGGCGGUCGCCGAGAUAGAGAAUAUAUAAGUCCAUGGGCUAGUGAUAACGGCGGUGGUAAUGGUAUGGGAGGCGGUGGUGGUGGCUUCGGCGGUGGAAUGGGAGGCGGAGGAUCUGGUGGAUUCGGAGGUGGAAGCGGUGGCGGAAGCGGUUUCGGCGGUAGUGGCGGAGGCAGCUUCGGCGGAGGCAAUAGUAGUUUUGGAGGGGGAAGUGGAAGUCUAGGUGGAUUUGGCGGAAGCAGUAGUGGGUUCGGUGGAAGUGGAUCAAUGGGUGGUGGUGGUGGGUCAUUUGGUGGUAGUGGCCUUGGAGGAGGAAACUUCGGCAGUAGCUCAGGUGGAGGAUUUGGCGGUGGUAGCUCCUUGGGCCAAUCUGGAGGAGGUGGAUUUGGAGGUGGUAACCUAGGUGGUGGUUCGUUUGGUGGCAGUGGAGGAGGUGGUGGAAGCGGAUUUGGUGGAGGAUCAUCCCUUGGAAACGGUAUGGGAAGUCUUGGGGGAGGUGGUUCCGGUGGAAUGGGUGGAGGUCCAAGUGGUGGUGGCAGCGGAGGUGGUUCGUUCGGCGGUAAUGGCAAUAUGAAUGGAGGAGGAGGACAAACCCAACACGACCCAAAGAACAGCACCCAAGUCACAAUUCCCAAAGACCUCGCUGGCGCUAUUAUUGGUAAAGGAGGCGGCCGUAUCAGACGCAUCCGAAACGAAUCCGGCGCAUAUAUUACUAUUGAUGAGCCACUACCUGGAUCCACCGACAGAAUUAUUACGAUUUCUGGUAAUCCAAAACAAAUACAAAUGGCCCAGUAUCUUCUCCAACAGAGUGUACAUGAAAACAGGAGAAAUGAUUUUUAAAUUUUAAUUCUAAACUUAAAAUCAAAACAAACAUAAUACCAUCAAAACAGAGCAUAAAAAGUAGAACUGAAGGAAAUCAACCAAACAACCGCUGAAGAAUAAGUAAAAGAACAUAAUUUGUUCUUUCCCUGUUAACUUCAAACUUCAAUAAAAAUAAUAACAAGAACUCAAAAGCACUUUUUACAUACAUAAAUAAUUAUUUUUAUUAUUAUAAUAUAUAAUUAAUUGUAUGCCACCAUAGCAAAUAAUUAACCGACUACUUUUUAUCACAUUUAAUUAAUUAAAAUUAAAACUUGUUUAGAAUCUAAGAAAGAAUUAUUAAGUCCACGGCAUGUAAAAGAAUUACAACAAAAAUAAAUCAAUGAAAUAAAAAAAAUAUAAAAACAAUUUUAUAGAUCACAUUUUAUGUCUACAAAAAUAAAAUAGCAAAUCACAAGUACAAAUAUUCAAAGGAAAAAUAAAUAAAACUAAAUCCGUAAUUCGAAAAAUCAACACCGCAUUCAAUUUAAUCUAAAUUUGAUAUAUUAUAUAAAAGAAGUUGAGUAUACAAUUGUGUAAAGCUUUUAAUAAUGAUUGAUGAUGAUGACUUUCGGCUACUCAGCCUCUAAAACGAUUUUGUUUAAAAAUAGUAUAAUAAUAACUAUGUAGUAUAAGAUCCAUUCUUAUUUCCUUAAUAAAGCUGCAAUAAUAAACAUUAUGACCCUAAAUAGAAAUACAACAUCGAGCAGCUGAUAGGUAAACUUUUGCAAAUUUGUAGUCAGAAAAAUAGUAAUUCUUUUACUUGAUGGAAUUUUAAAAAUAAGUAAAUUACAAAAAAAAUGCUAAAAACAAAAACAAAAAAUGUACACAAGAAAGAAAAUAAAAUAAAAUUAAGAUAUAAAUCAUUUUUCUUUAUCAUGUACGUUUACCAAAACAGUCAAUAAAGCGAUCGCUUGAUUUUGUAAAAAAAAA